CUCGCCUCAUUGCGCCUUUGCCCGGCCAGUCGCUCCUUCCUCGCGUCCUCCAGCCCACUGUUCGUAUGCAGUAGGUACAACCGGCGCAUCGCCCGCCCCAGACAGCCCCCCCAGCACGACACAUCGCCCGCCAUGGGCCGCUACAACUUCGCCCCCCUUCGCGUGCGCUCAACAGCAAAGGCGCUCUACGACUCGAAGCGCACCCAAAGCCUGCCCCAGUGGUACGAUGUCGUCGGCAAUAUCCCUACCAGCGAGACCUUGGCCCGUCCCGUCCUGCGAGCGCCGAGAGUGAAAGGCGCAAAGAAGGCUAGCAAGCUGUUCAAGCCUCUGCCCAUCGUGUACCCAGAAGAUCAGUUGCGCUCAGAGUUCUUUGGAGACCACCCGUGGGAACUGGCACGGCCAAGACUAGUGGUGGAGGACUCAGGAAACGAUGCCAAGGGCUACGACUGGCAAAGGAUCAAGCAGAAGGGGAAACAGUUGGACGGCGAGAGCGUCGUCCAGCGCCAACUAUGGCUCAUGAGGGUUCAAGGCAUGUCCAAAGCCUCCGCAUAUGACCAGGCCCGUCGUGAAUUCUACCACCACCGCCACCUUGCCGAGAUCCGCACACGCAUCGCAAAGGAAGAAGCCAUGCACGUCGGUGCCUACUUCGGCAAGGGCCCUCUCGAGGUCGGUAUGGCGCUCGAAGACGGCGCCUGGGAGAACUGGAAGGCCUGGGCCAACCAGCAGAUCGAGGAGGAGCAGAGCAUGCGCGCCCAGAUGUUCUCUGGGCCGCAGAAUGAGGACGCUGGAGUCGGUGAUUUGAGCAAUGCUGAGUACGAGAACGCGAUUACAGAACUGGCGCCGGUGCAAGCGGCUACACCGAACGCGCCAGCGUCAGCAGCGCCGAGAGGGGGUGUUCCUGCGCAUGCGUGAGGAAGAGGCGUUGAAUACAUGUACUGAUAUUGUAUGUUCGUGUAGAUAUAUCCAUCCAUGCCCGUCACUGGCCGGCAAGCAUUCAUCAGCCAUCAGUUUUCCAUUCACGUAUUAAGCACAGAGUGCACACGAUACU